AUCUCUCUCUCCUCUCUCUCUCUCUCUCUCUCUCUCGUUUCCUCGUCCCUCUCAUCUCUCUCUUUCGUUCAUUCGUGAAGAAAAAGAAAAUACUACUUGUAAAUAUAUGCAUAAAUAAACUCGAUUUGGAAAUAAAUAUUAACUGAAUUCAUUAACGCUACCGUGUGGGUUAAUCGGCGGUGGAAGUUUCCAACGAUCUCUUCCACGUUCGCUGUCUAUUACAGCUCUUCGGAGGGUCACUGGGAGCAACUUAGAUAUGCUACCAACCCUGAACAACAGUGUGCAAGCACCUGAGGGAAAUUUACAGGAUCCUUGGCAGAGUGAGCUUGAAUUAAUGCUGCAAGUUCAGCGUAAUCAACAUAUUAUUGACCGAGAAAGGGAUCUUAAUAUGUUUCGGAGUGGCAGCGCUCCACCCACAGUUGAGGGGUCACUAAAUGCAGUGGGUAGUCUCUUUACGAGCACUGACUUUGGAGAUAUUAAUGAUAUUAGUGGUGCUAGUAAUGGUAAUAACAAUGGAAUGUUGACUGAUGAUGAAAUUCGCUCACAUCCUGCGUACCUUUCAUAUUAUUAUUCACAUGAAAACAUCAAUCCAAGACUACCCCCACCAUUGUUAUCAAAGGAGGAUUGGCGUGUUACGCAAAGGUUUCAGGUUGGUGGGUCUUCAUUUGGGGGCAUUGAAGAAUUGAGGAAGAAAAAAUUGUUUGAUGAGAGUGAUAAUUCAUCUCUGUUCUCGUUGCAACCAGGACUUUCUGUACAAAAGGCAGAGAAUGACUUGUUAGAAUUGAGGAAUUCUGGUACAAGAAAUCUUUCCAGGCAGGUGUCGGCUGAGUGGGUUAACAGAGGCUCCGAUAGCUUGAUUGGGUCGUCAAGCACCGGGCUAGGUGCUAGAAGGAAGAGUUUUGCUGACAUUUUUCAGGAAGGACUUGAUCGACCUGCUACCUUAUCUGGCCAUCUUUCGCGUCCAUCAAGUUGCAAUGCUUUUGGUGAUGGUGUGGAGAAAACUAGCUUAUCUGAUCCUGACUCGGUAAGGUUAUGUAAUGGAGUUGAAUCUGUGGAACGCUUGCAUUCUGGCACCCCUCCUCCUGGUUUUGUGGGAGUUCAAAGUCAGGUUACAACUGCUUCUCAUUCUUUCCCAUCCGCUGUGGGUGCAUCACUGUCAAGGUCUACAACUCCUGAGACUCAUUUGGUUGGGAGGGCUCCUGGUUCUGGUCUUCCUCCUGUUGGGAGCCGAGUUGGAUUUGUCGAGAAGAAGAAUGCAUCUAACGUGAAUGGCCAAAACGGCCAUUCUAGUAGUAUGUCUGAUCUUACUGAUGUUGCAGCUAGAUUAUCUGGUUUAAACCUGGCCAAAGGUAGAUUUGCCGACGAAAAUAAUCAUAUGCAGUCUCAGAUUAAAUUGAAUCUGGACAAUCAGUCAGAUUUUCUGUUAAACAUGUCUAAUGGGCAUAAGCAUAAUCCACUGCAACAGCUCACAGAGAGCUCCAGUGCAGAAAAUCUCUCAUUUUCACCCAACUAUAUUAACUUAGCAAGGAAAAACGGCAUUGCACUAAAUUUUACUUCUUCUAAAGUAGGUAGUAAUAGGCAAGUUAACAUUCCUAAAAGAACUUCUUCUUCUGCCAAUCUUCGGUUGCCUGGACUUGGACAUGAGGAAGGGUCAAAUGUUCACCAUCAAAAUGAGAGAAUGGAUGUGAGUGGUCAUUUAUCUGGUGCUUAUUCUGUUCACCAGAAAGUGAAUUCGGGGGUUAAUGAUCAUCUUGAUACAGGUUCAGCUUUGACUGGUACUGGAAAUAUACAAAAUUUGAACAUGCUGGGAAAUCAAAUAGGACCUUAUGUUCAUUCUCCUGUUUUGGACCCUCAUUACAUUCAGCAAUUGCAGAGAACCCCUGGUUAUUCAAGAUGUCCCACAGCUAGUCCUAAUUACCCUUCCCAGGCGAGGGAUUAUUUUGGCACAUUGAAUGGUGACUUGGAUGGGCUUCAGAAAGCAUACCUCGAGGCAUUGCUUGCUCAACAGAAGCAACAAUAUGAGCUGUCACUAUUAGGCCAGUCUGAUGGUUUGAAUCGUGGAUACCAUGGGUAUCCAUCAUUUGGUCUUGGCAUGCCAUAUCCAAAUAACCCAAUGGCAACUUCAGUACGCCUUUCUGCUGCAUCUGGAGCCUUUCAGAAUGAACGAAUUUCUCGCUUUACAUCGAUGAUGAGAAGUUCAAUGGGAGGAUCUGUUGGGUCCUGGCACUCUGAUAUUGACAUUAAUAAUGUGGAUGGAAGAUUUGUAUCAUCCUUACUGGACGAGUUCAAGAACAACAAAACCAGGUCUUUUGAACUAUCAGAUAUUGUUGGCCAUGUUGUUGAAUUCAGUGCGGAUCAGUAUGGUAGUCGUUUUAUUCAGCAAAAAUUAGAAACUGCUUCAGUGGAAGAAAAGAACGUGAUAUUUCCUGAGAUUAUUCCUCAUGGCCGUAGUUUGAUGACUGAUGUCUUUGGAAAUUAUGUCAUUCAGAAAUUCUUUGAGCAUGGUACAGAAAGUCAAAGAACAGAGUUGGCAAGCCAGCUUAUAGGUCAUGUUUUGCCUCUAAGCCUUCAGAUGUAUGGUUGCAGAGUAAUCCAGAAGGCCUUGGAGGUGGUUGAUGUGGAUCAGCAGACUCAGAUGGUUUCAGAGCUUGAUGGUGCAGUGAUGAAAUGUGUGCGUGAUCAGAAUGGGAAUCAUGUUAUUCAGAAGUGUAUAGAGUGUGUUCCCCUGAAUCAAAUUCAGUUUAUCAUCUCGUCUUUUUAUGGGCAAGUGGUGCCACUUUCCACACACCCUUAUGGGUGCCGCGUGAUUCAGAGAGUCCUGGAACAUUGUGAUGAUUUGAAUACACAACAAAUUAUCAUGGGUGAAAUCAUGCAAUCUGUCUGCAUUCUGGCACAAGAUCAAUACGGAAAUUAUGUCAUCCAGCAUGUCCUUGAGCAUGGCAAACCACAUGAAAGAUCUGCUAUUAUAGCCAAGCUUGCAGGAAAUAUUAUAAAGAUGAGUCGGCAGAAGUUUGCUUCCAAUGUUGUGGAAAAAUGCUUAACUUUUGGUGGCCCUGAUGAAAGACAGCUACUGGUGAAUGAGAUGCUAGGUUCAACUGAUGAAAAUGAACCCUUGCAGGCCAUGAUGAAAGAUCCAUUUGGAAAUUAUGUUGUGCAAAAAGUUCUUGAAACCUGUGAUGAUCAGAGUCUUGAAUUGAUUCUUUCCCGCAUCAAGGUUCACUUGAAUGCCCUUAAGAGGUACACUUAUGGUAAACACAUUGUUUCUCGCGUUGAGAAGCUCAUUGCAACUGGAGAGAGGCGCAUAGGAAUGUUAGCCUCAUACUCCUCCUAAGAAGUACCAAGCUAGAACCAUAAAGUCAUGUUUUCUUUGCGAUUCACUCAAAGGCGGUUUUUUGAAGACAAACCUUUUUGUACGGCUAACUUGGAUGGCGAUUUUAGCAAAUUCUAUCAUCCUGGAAAUCCAUUUUCCACUGAAGGUAGUUGUAAAUAAACAUGGAAGUAGCAGGUCUGCAGAAUAAUAUAUUUUGACAAUAAUGUUAACUGCACAUUCAGCUCUCUAUAAAGAUCUGAUGAUGAAGGCUUCACAGCAAUGACCACGUUUUAGGCAGACAAGAUAAGAGGGUGGGCAUUUUAUAUUUGCCUAGGCUUACUGGGAGUAAAUGUAGUGAGGUUUUCAGUCUGUAAAGUGGAAUCAACUGUAAAUGCUUAAUUGCAGUGACACAAGGGGAAGUAGCAAAGUAGUAAGGCCCAUAUUAUGUGAAGUCUUGGAGACUGAAAAGUCUAUAUGUAUAUAUUCAGAAUUUUCUUUCUGAGGUUAACUUAUGUGCAUACCUGCA